GAGUCCCCGCGCAACAUCUGCCACUGCAGAUGCCCAAAAAUUCAAAGAUUGCAUGGCGCUCCUUCCCCGAUGCGUCCGCAUCUGCGCCAGCAGAGGAUGGCGCCAGCGCCGCCGUGGCGACCUCCGGUGACCUUGCGCUGGAUGCGGCGCUGGCGGGCCUCGGCGUGGGGCGGAAGCUGUGCCGACAGCUGAGGGCGGAGCUGAAACUGGAGGAAGACAGCUUCGGCUGUCUCCUGCGCGACUUCCGUCGCGACCAGCGGCGGGUGGAGUCGGCGCUGGCGCGGCUCUUGCCCAAGGUUAGCGAACAGGUCAUUUGUUUGUUGGAAGUCGAGAGCUUUGAAGCAUCCCCGCCUGCUCGAGGUGGAAUCCCAGAAAUCCCGGUGGAUUGUGUGGCUGCCGGCAACGAGUUAGAGGAGGUGUGGAAGGCUCUGCCCAAGAUGUUGCCUGGAGAAAACUCUGAGCGUCAGGGCCACGAGGAGCGCGGCCGCGCGCUGCGGCGGCGCCUGAAAGCUACGCUGACGGAGGAGGCGCAGCAGCGGCUGAAGGCGGCCAUGGCGCAGCUGAGAGACGAAGGUUUAGGUGGAGCCGAUGAGUACCUCACGGAGGUUUGGGAACAGCUGAAAGCCUUGGAGAACGAGUACCUCCGGGUGGAUCUGAUGGUGGAGAUCAUCAUGUCACAAGCGCAAGAGCUCCAACGUGCUCUGCGCGGCGCAGUGGAGCGGAAGCUGUCGACGUCACCGACGCCGUCGGCGGCGUCGAAAAAACCGCGGCCGCGCGGCAGAAGUGAGAUCCUCGUUCUGCCGGAGG